AUGUCAGAAGCUCCAGUACCGGUUGCAGGGUCGUCCAACGAUCAUGAAUGUUCAGCGGAAGAAACCCCCAUUCUAAGCUAUGAAGAGCUCCUCGCCUGUCUUCCGCCGACACUUGAUCAAUCAAAUCACGAAGAAUGCCUGAAGUUCUGCCAAGAGCCCACCACGACGGAGAAUCAAAUAUGGGCUAUCGUCAGUCUUUUGGCCAAUUAUAUGGCAGAAGGGAUGAAAGAGAACUCCAAGCUGUUGAGGAGAUCUGCCUACAAUGUCAGGAGAAUCGGCAACAUGCAAGUCAACAUGCAACUCUCGGGUAACGAUUAUCCUCUACCUAUCUAUGAAGACAUCAAUGGGAAAAAUCAUCCGGAUGGUAUUGCCAAAAAGUAUCAUCACCUCGAAACGUUCGAUCAGAUUUGCGACCUUCCUCCACCAAUCCUUGACAAAUGGUGUAAAUUCAUCAAUGAAGAAUUAUAUGAGAUAGAGAAAGACCAAGAUCAUUUUUACCGAGCUAAAUCUCUGUAUGCGAGUUUGGGAGGUGCGAGAAAUGCCAGCGUUGAUGCAAGGGAGAAGACCUACGAGAUGAAGAAUACAGAGGGAAGACGCAAGAGGACCAGGAAAGAGGGGAGUGGGAAUGGGGAUAUGACGAAAAAGAAGAGAAAGACGAAAUGA